UCAGGCACCAAGCAGAUCCCAGCUAGGAUGGGCAGCCCAGUGCACCGAGUGUCCCUGGGGGAUACCUGGAGCAGGCAAGUGCACCCCGACAUAGAGUGUGAGAGGAACAUACAGUCUUUCAACGUGGAACGGCUCACCAACAUCCUUGAUGGCGGAGCCGAGAACACUGCACUCCGGAGGAAAGUUGAGAGCAUCAUCCACAGUGAUCCAAAAUGCAGCCUGAAGGAUAAUUAUUUCAUGACCCAGAAUGAAUGUUAUGAGGCCGCCGUUCAGAGGAAAUUCCACAUCCAGACAAUAGCAAAGUGCCUGGGCUGGUCGGAAAACAGUCCUGAAUUAUUUUACGCUUACAGAGCCGUUUCUGGAGAAGUGGCCUUAAAUAUACACAGCCUUUUCCUGAAAGCCCUCAGGAGCCUGGGCUCAGAGGAGCAGAUUGCCAAAUGGGCCCCACUCUGCAAUAAUUUCCAGAUCAUCACAACAUACGCCCAGACAGAACUGGGACACGGGACAUAUCUUCAGGGCCUGGAGACUGAAGCCACCUAUGAUGCAGCCACCCAGGAGUUUGUGAUACACAGCCCCACGAUGACUGCCACCAAAUGGUGGCCUGGGGACCUGGGACGGUCAGCCACCCACGCCUUGGUCCAGGCCCAGCUGAUCUGCUCAGGAGCCCGGCAGGGAAUGCACGCCUUUAUUGUGCCCAUCCGGAGCCUUGAGGACCACACCCCACUGCCAGGAAUCACUGUUGGAGACAUCGGGCCCAAGAUGGGCUUUGACUAUACAGACCAUGGCUUCUUGCGACUGGACCAUGUGCGGAUCCCCAGAGACAACAUGCUGAGUCGCUUUACACAGGUCUUGCCAGAUGGCACCUACCUCAAGCUCGGAAAAUUGCAGAUCAACUACCUUUCCAUGGUGAUAACACGGGUGAAUCUGCUCUGGGGCGAGGUACUACCCAUUCUGCAGAAGGCCUGUGUCAUCGCCAUUCGCUACUCGGUCAUCCGCCGGCAGUCCUGCCUCCGGCCCAGUGACCCAGAGGCAAAAGUCCUGGACCACCAGACACAGCAGCAGAAACUCUUUCCUCAGCUGGCCACAGUCUAUGCAUUCCAUUUCCUGACAAACAACCUCUUGGAAUUCUUCCACAGCUCCUAUGAUGCCAUUCUGAACAGAGACUUCAGCGUCCUGCCUGAGCUUCACGCACUGAGCUCAGGAAUCAAGGCCAUGGUGUCAGACUUGUGCAGCUGGGGGACUGAGCUGUGCCGCAAAGCCUGCGGCGGCCAUGGCUACUCGAAGCUGAGUGGCCUGCCCUCACUGGUCGCCAGAGUGACAGCUGCCUGCACCUAUGAGGGUGACAACACUGUGCUCUACCUGCAGAUGGCCAGGUUUCUGGAGAAAAACUACCUGCUAGCUCAGGCAUCCCAAGACUCCACAUCGCAGAGAUCUCUCCCUCAGUCUGUUGCGUACCUGACUGCACCUGACCUGGCCAGGUGCCCAGCCCAGAAAGCAGCUGACUUCCUCCACCCACAACUCUACACCACGGCCUGGGCACACGUGGCAGCCAGGCUCAUAAAGGACUCAGUGCAUCACUUGCAGACUCUGAUGCAGUCCGGGGCUGACAGGUAUGAGGCAUGGAACCAGACCACUGUCAUGCACGUCCAGGCUGCUAAGGCACACUGCCAUUAUGUCAGUGUAAAGAAUUUUACAGAAACUCUGGACAAACUAGAAAAUGAACCAGCAAUUCAGCAGGUGCUCAAACGCCUCUGUGACCUCUAUGCUUUACAUGGCAUCCUGACAAACUCGGGUGACUUUCUUCACGAUGGCUUCCUAUCUGGGGCCCAAGUGGAUGCGGUGAGAACAGCCUACCUGGAUCUGCUCCCCGUCAUCCGGAAGGAUGCCAUCUUGUUAACUGAUGCUUUUGACUUCACGGAUCAGAGCUUAAACUCAGCACUUGGCUGUUACGAUGGCAAUGUCUAUGAACGUCUAUUCGAAUGGGCUCAGAGGUCACCGACCAAUACUCAGGGGAACCCUGCCUAUGAGAAGUAUUUAAGACCACUAUUACAAAGUUCGAGAGCCAAGCUGUGAAAUAAUCAGCAGCAUUCAAGAGGCACCACCAUGUGAUAACGGCACUAUUUAAUGGCAUAUAUAGCAUUAAUGGCAUAUAUAGCAUUAAAUUUUAAAGUACACUUCAUAUACACUUUAUAUAUUUUCAAGUAUAUAUACAUUCAUAUCUUUUUGAUUUUUUCAAGUAAGCUCUACGCCCAACACAGGGCUUGAAAUCACGACCCCAAGAUCAAGAGUCUGCCGUCUCAGCCAGCUAGGCGCCCAAUAAAGUAUGUAUUUUUUUAAAGAGAAUCAUUAUCUUUUAGAGACAUAGUCUGAAAUGAAUGAAACAUCUG